AUGGAGCCUCCUAAGAAGUUAAAGGGCCCCCAAAUGAUUGAGAUGGUGAAGAUCAAGAAGGCGACGAACCUCCAAGUUACCUUUGCCAAAUGCCGGGCUGGCAUUUUCAAGAAGGCGAGUGAAAUUAGUACGCUUUGUGGCGCCGAAAUUGCAGUGAUUAUUUUUUCACCUGCUAAGAAAGUGUUCUUUUUUGUCAGUCCUUCUGUGGAAAAGUUGAUCAAUCGAUUCAGUGGCCCAAUAGAACAACAUCAUUCAGCUAACAGAUAUGACAUGAACCUUUCACAGCUUCAGCAAUUUCAAGCUGCUCUUGAGGAAUUAUACGAGAAUGUUAUAAAAGUCGCCAAAGAAAAUGAUGCUGAAGAGAACAAUAUUAAUCCUAAUUCUGAUGAUCAACUUUUUCUUGGAAGCUUUUCCAAUGGAACUGGACUUCCAUUUGAAUCUAUCCCCUUAAAUGCUAUCGGUUGUCCCAUAAACAUGGUUAAUCCGAACAAGAAUAGGGUUAAUUCAAACAAGGUUAAUCCAAACGUGAUUAGUCCCAGCAUGAUUAAUCCUAACAUGGUUAAUCCUGCAGCUUAUAUGAAGAUACUUCGUGACAUGCUCAACAACAAUAAUCCAAACAUUCCCUUGUCCAAUUCCAUGAUUCCCAAUAAUCCAAACAUGGUCUCUAAUGUCAUGCCUAUCAGCAGUAACCCUACAAACAUGAUGCUACCGGCGGCAAAUCUGAUGAUCAACAAUGAUCAAAACUUGGUUCCAGCCGAUCAUAUGAUGAUGAACAAUGACCAGAACAUGAUGGUGGGGGCAUCGGAUGCGAUCAACGAUUAA